AUGGGGGCGGCGGCGGCGGCGGCGGCGGCGCGGGGGCCGCGUGUGGGGGGAGGGGGGCCCGGAGUCUGCCGGGGGGCAGCGCGGGAUCGGCGGGCGGGGGGUCCGGGCCGCGCUGAGCCCCCCGUGACGGCGCCGGUGCUUCCCGCAGGGCCCGCCCGCUUCCAGUGCCCGGAGGACUUCUGCGCGCGGCGCCUGGCCCCCGGGGCCGCCUUCUGCCCGGAGAGCCUGGGGGCGCCCGGCAAGCGCCUGCUGCUCAUCAGCGCCCCCGCCGACUUCCGCCCGGAGAGCCUCUCCGGCCACCGCCUGGCGCUGCCGGGCUCCCCCCUGUUGAGGGCAUCGCAGCCAGAUGGCAGCCAGAAAGUCUACAGGCUCCAAGCCAGCCGGGAGGAGAGCGCUGCCCGCCUGCUGAUCGCCGCUGGCCGGCCGGAGCGGCUCGCCUGCGCCCGGCCUUUCGGGGCCUCCCUGAGGAUCCAGGAGAGACACGCGGAGCCCGGCGCCGCCCGGGCCCUCUUCCCCGUGGCAGAGAGGCCGCCGCCCCGGCUCCCCCAAGGACUCAAGCAGCGCUUCUUCCCCUUUGGGGCCCGGCUCAAGGGCCCUCGCCCUUCCUCGGAAGCGGCAGGGAAGGCUGCCCGGAAGAGGGGCAAGAAACGGCCGCUGCUGCCUUUGAAGCAGGCGCUCUGGCGGCCGGAAGGUCCCGAGCAGCUUCUGGGGGGCUCCCCGGAGCCUGCAGGGGGUCUGCUGGGAGGGUGGGCGAGGGCUGGGAGCAAGCCGCCGCUCCUGGAGGAGGAGGAGGCGGCGGCAACUGAGCCAGCCGUGCUCCCAGUGCUUGGUGGGCAGCUGCUGUGGCAGGACGCCCGGCCAAGUGGCCACUUAGAGGAGGGCUCCUCGUCGGGAGAGGUGGAAGAGCCGGACAGGAGGAGAGCCAGGAAGAGAGAGAAGUGGAAGACCGGCCUGGAGACAGAGGAGUUGCCAGAUCCCAGUUCCAGGUACUGGCCGCCUGAACAGGAACCCUGGUGGCAGGGAGGGAGGGAGCCGGAGGGAGAUGGGGGCGACUGCGCAGGAGAGCUGGCCGGAUGCAAAGCCAAGAAGAAGAAGAAAAAGAAGACAAUGCAAGAGGAGCUCUGGGAUGCCGCUGCCAUCAAGGAGGAGCCGGUGGAUGUCCCUUGUCAGCGGAGCCUCCCGGAGGAGAAUCCAAGGGCCAUCGGAGAGGACCCUGCUGGAGUCCCUAGCUGCAAGAAGAAGAAGAAGAAGAAGAGCCGAGAGAGGCUGGCAGAGGGGCUGUGGGGUGCUGCUGCCAUCAAGGAAGAGCUGGGGGAUGUCCCCUGUCCAGGGAACCUCCUGGAAGAGGGUCUGGGGUCACCCAGAGAGGAACCUGGUUGGGAACUCGCUGGUUACAUAAAGGAGAGCCCAGGGAAGGGGGCAGGAAGGCUGUGGGGCAUUGUGGCUCUUAAAGAGGAGCUGGGGGAUGCCCCCUCUCUGGGGAGCCUUGCACAAGAGAGUCGGGGGGUCACCCCAGAGGACCCCGCCGGGGAACUCCCCAACUGCAAGAAGAAGAAAAAGAAGAGCCGAGAGAGGCUGGUGGAGGGACUGUGGGGCGUUGCUGCCAUCAAGGAGGAGCCGAGGGACAUCAGCUGUUUGGGGAGUCUCCUGGAAGAGGGUCUGGGGUCAGACAAAGGGGGCCCAGCUGGGGAACUCCUGGCCUGCAAAAAGAAGAAAAAGGGGAAACUGGACAAGGAGCCCCUGCAGGAACAGGGGACAGAAACACAGGUGGACUGGGCUACUCCUCUCUGGCAAGAGAGAGGGCCAGAAGAGCCAUUGCAAACUAACGGGGCGGCCCCAAGUCCCAGACCCAAAAAGAAGAAGAAGGGCAGGAGGGAGAGGGAGGACCAGGCUGGACUCUAUGCAGCAGGAACUUAACAGCCAGGGAGGGACGGCCAGCUCUAUUCCUGCAAAGUGUUGUUGAUCAGUUGUCAUGUUUUUAUUCACGCUGUCUGCCACUCUGAAUAAAUUCAGGAGCUUUGCAUUUCUCUGAA